AGGCCGCGCAGCGAUCCCGCUGCUGUUAGUGAGUGAGCAGCCGCCGGAGAAGCAGCAGCAGCAGCAGCAGCAGCACCGCGGCGGUCAGCACAUCCACACGUCCACUCUCCCAUGUGAGAUCCCCCACCUUCCCUACAUGCUCCACGAAACAUGCUGUCCGGGCGCCCGACGAGUCCCCGACGCGGCUUCUGAGUCCCCAUCGUCCCCCGGCUGUUCCUCGCGGAGGCCUCCUCCUCCCGCCCCCGUCCCCCGAACCGCACCGAGCCGGCGAUGAGCGCCGUCCCGGCGACCCCGCAGCAGAUGAGGGACCGGCUGCUGCAGGCCGUUGACAGCCACAGCAACAUAUGCAAUAUGGUGGCUGUAUUAGAAGUAAUUACCUGGUUAGAGAAGUAUCCUAUCACCAAAGAAGCACUUGAGGAAACUCGACUUGGAAAAUUGAUCAAUGAUGUUAGGAAGAAGACCAAGGAUGAAGACCUUGCAAAGCGAGCUAAAAAACUUUUGAGAAACUGGCAAAAACUGAUUGAACCUGGAUCAGCUGCGUCUGUGAGCACUCCUGGGUCGACCAAUGGCAGUUCUCACCCCUGCAGAACAGAUUCCUCUGCUCCUGAUGUUUCCUUGUUGGGGAAAGGAGUCCCUGAAGUCAAAAUCAGAAAUGAUGUUCACAACACAUAUUCACCUAAAGCUGAGAAAUCAAGUAGCCGCAAGCGCCGGGCUGAGCACAGAGACAGUGGAGUUCACUUAUCAGAAAAUAUAUCCAAGACAGCUUCAUACGAUAAUUCUGUUUCACCGCCACCUACUAAUGGGAUUGCAGGCAGCCCAGAUGCCCCACCUGACCAGGAGGUUGUCCCAUCUCCUGAAAGAUCUCGAUUGGACCACCUUGAUAAUGACAAAGUUAACAAAAUUCCUGUUAAUGCUGUCAAGCCUCGCCCCAGCUCCCCUGGAUUGGCCAAACUACCUAGCACUUCCUCUUUGAUCAAAGUUGCUGUGAUGCAGCAACAGGCGAGAUUGGAUGAAGGGGGAGGGGGCUAUUAUCAAACCAAAAGUCCUCGCAAUAUCAUUUCUAGUCCAAGGAGCCUGAAGCAUGACACGGUAACCAAGCGCUCUUUAGCAUAUACGGCAAAAGGAACACCAAUCCCAAGCCCAUCUUCCAGAGACUCUCCCUUAUCCUUUUCCCAGCCUUUAUCCUCCCCAAGUCAGCCAUCUCAAAUUGAAAAAUCGCAUUCUUCUCAUAGGUCCGUAAUGUAUUCAGCCAGUUCGUCGGAAGUCUCUUCUCAUUGCCUAUCCCAAGACAUAUCUGCGGCACUGGAAUCUCCAUCAGUCUCUCCCUCCCCCUCUCUCAGCCAACAAAACUCAGAAUUACACAGAUCAACAUUUGAAGGAGCCAUGGCUGUGUGUGAUGACACAGAUGGGACAGCGGUACCUAACUCUGAGCAUAAAAGGAGGAAGUAUAGAUCUCGAGAUUAUGCUGUCAACUUAGAUGGUCAAAAAAUGGAGGACUCGACUAAGCCCGUACGAUUAAAGGAACGAAGACUUACAUUUGAUCCAGUCACAGGUCAAAUCAAACCCCUGGUGCAUAAAGAACCUUCACAGUCAGAGGAAGCCCCAACUCCUGACCCUGCAGAGUUCAGGCAGAGAACUGAAAUCACUGUACAACCGCCCCCUGCUGCCACAACAUCAGAUCCCAGCCCUAACCCCUUCCACCAGACGAACUGGAAGGAGCUGUCUAGAAAUGAAAUUAUCCAGUCCUACUUGAACCUUCAGAGCAAUGUUCUCACCUCCUCAGGGGUCCAGGCCCCGAGUGCACACUUUUUCAUGGCAGAAUAUCUGAAAAGGGAAGAACAGGAGUGCAAGGAGUUAAGGAAAACGCAUGUUUUGCAGACGGACAGCCCCACAGGGGAUUUACCAGGCGUUAGCCGGGAGGUGGCCGAUACAGACUUGGACAGGAUAAAAACGCAGCACUGGCCAGGGGUGAAUGGUUGUUACGAUACCGAGGGCACCUGGUAUGAUUGGACCGAAUGCAUAUCACUGGACCCUCACGGGGACGAAAGCAAAUUGAACAUCCUGCCAUAUGUUUGCCUAGACUGAGGGCUUUGGGAAGAUGGCUGUUCCUUUUCCACUCCUUUCUUUGUCUCCCCGCAGAGACGAGAUACUUUGAUUUUGUUUGUCCACUGUGAGUUUGGAAAGAACAAGGGCUGCUAAACCCCUCCCCAUGCCUCUUUCUGUGAUAAACUAUUAAUAUUUUGGUAUUAAAAGCAUAAAGAUUAAAAUAAUAGUUCAGUUUGUAAUAUCAAGGGCUGUUUCUGUCUUAUUUUUCAAAAUGAAAGCAACAGGAAUGAUUAGGCCCAUGUUGCAGACUACUGCUGCUAACGAUUAAGGAAAGAAAAAGAACAGAAAUACUACUCACAACCCGAAAUGUCAUCACAAUGUGAACUUUUCGAUGGGCUGAAUGGUACCCCUUUUUCCAGGCAUACUGGGAGGGGGAUUAUUUUACCUUCUUGUUUCUAAUGAGAAUUUACAACCUUGGGUUCAAUUUAAAGGGAGGCUGGGGUUUAGCUGUCCUGUGCAGAUCACCACGUUGGUGCCCAAAAAGGUGUUGUUAGAGUUCAUCUAGCACAGUUAGAGCUGUACAUGUCCAGAAUACGAGUGUCUGGCACAUUUCUGAAAGUUACAAGAGGCUUUAUGAGAGAUAUAAAGAGUAAAUUAUACAUUUCUUAUCAUGUGUACAUCUAUUUAUUUUUGAUCAGUUCAGUUAUGGGAUGUUUGUCAAGACUUUUUCAAAGAAAAAAAAAAAGCUCUUUAAUUCUUUUCUGUUUGCAUUACAAUUUUGUCAGCCUCCUUUUCAGCAUUAGAGGGGGCAUACAAAUGUUUGCAUGGUCUUUCUUCAACGUAGGCCCGUUUUCUUUGGUUAUUAACAUUCCAGAGUCAAUCCUUCACUUCAUUUAACUUUAUUUCAUCAUAUAGCUCCUACAAAGCUCAUUCCAUCUGAGCUCAGUUUAUUCUUAAAGUUAACUUGGUUUAUAUUGUUCCAUCAAAAUAGUGUGGUGCUAAUUUGAAGUAUAUUACAGUGGGACACAAAAACUUCAGUCCAGCUGCUAAUUCUCUCUCAAAUAAUGUCAAAUCUGAUUGUUUUGAUCAUUUACUGCAUUUGUGACAAAAUAUGAUUGAGUGCUGGAAAAUUGUUUCUUUUCCUUUUUUUUAGAUGUCAUUUACCUUCUGAGGUUUUCUGAGAUUUUUCUUUCUUUAAGUUAAACAGCCUAAGAGAAUGUACAGCAUUGUGACCUCUUAUGCACUUGUACAUAAGUUGAGAACUUGUCGGUAAUUUAAUUAUCAACUUAAUUCAAGUGUGAAUAGCGAUUGAUGCUCCAAAAAGUUCUGGAGGUAGCAUUUCUUUGGGUUUUUUUUUUUUAAAUUUAGUGAAUAUAAAAGGGAGAGAGAAAGCUGUGAGGAUCAGAUAUUGUUGGCAUUUCCCAUGUAAUGAACAACUAAAAUUGAAAUUUGAUUUCUGUUUAUGUGCAAUGGUCACUACCAUUCUCUCACAUGGAUUUUAAAUCAAAAUUGGCCUCUGUGCAGCUUCUGUGUCUAGUCAUCCUUUCAUUCAUCCCUACCAAUGUGCCUUGGUAAAUGGUAAAUCUGGAUUUGCUUCCACAUGAAACAUGCCUGUUAGAGCUCAGUUUAUGGGCGACAAUUCCAAAUCCCAUGAUCGAUAUGAUGCUGGUAUAUGCACCGUUUUUCUGUUACUUUUUUUUGUACACACUGAUCUGGGAAACUGCAGACAAUGAUAAACUGCACAACACAGCUGGCAAUAAAUGAUAAAUGCUACAACUGGUUAAGAAUCUGUUUUUCUGGAGUUUUGAUUGGGGCAUCUGUUUGUUAAGUGUUUAACAUCUCAGUUGUUUGGAAAAUAAAA